GUGAUGGCCUGUGCGGUGCAAUGAUACCUCGCUGCAUCCCAUCACUGUAAGUUGCGCCAUGAGGUGCAACACCUUUUAUGGCAUGGCCUUCAAGGAGGUUUUAAACUGGGCGCUGAGGCACUACACUUUUUCUUCUCGUCAGGACAUAGGCUCUUUACCAAGCAUUUCAGGUUUUCGUCCAAGUCGACAUGAGUCACCCGCACAAUAUUAACUGCCUUCCAGCGAAACUGCUCUUGAACAUAUUCCAACUCACAGGGACUCACGGUGGUCCCCGAAUACUACCCGGAAUCGUCAUUGCGUCGCACGUUUGCAAGCGCUGGCGAUACCUCAUCCUCCAAACACAGUCUCUCUGGACUGUAAUAUCAAUUUCUAACAGGGAAAAAGACUAUGCCCACCAUGCGCGGGUCUGGCUGACCCGAAGUGGCGCCUUACCAGUUGAUAUAACUAUCCACUGGGACUGGUCAUGGGUGGAACGCAAAGCCGAACGGGCUCUCUUUCCCAUUGACGACGCAGCUCCAUGGGCUGAUGAUACCUCACAAUAUAUCAGACGCUCAUACACGGAAUAUGAGCGAUUCCACGAACUCGAGCGCAAGUCACUCAUGCGUGAGCUCGAACGCCACAAACACCGUUGGCGCUCCAUCAGAUGGAAUGAAACUUCGGAUCGCCUGAUCCAGGACAACGCAGAUACAGAUGUGACAUUAGUGGAUCACAUUCCUGGCAUGGACUCGAAUUCAACAAUUUAUAUGGUGGUGUCACGCGACUUUCCCUCACAGUCGUCAUAUUCCAUUGACGACUUCCGCUCAUGGUCGUCCAUUGAUUCUAAAGCAUCAGUUCGAAAAAGCAAGAGUUACUUCUUUACAAGAUAUAAGACCAGCGCGCGUAGGUUCUGGUCAAAAUUCUUGGAUUUGUUACGCUUUUUAAACUUCCUGUCGUUGAAAUAAUCGAUUAUAUCUCCAGUCACUGACCUGCGGCGCAUUUGUACCCGGUACGAAUGUUUGUGUAUGUAUUUCUCAAAAUUUACCAUUGACUCGGUGCUCCUAAUUAUAAGUGUAGGUCAGGUGUGUUAAUGUCAGCUUUGAUGGAGGUACUGCAUACUGGUUCUGUUUGGCAAAGGCUUGUGCUUUCAAUAUGUACAAACAACUAAUGUUUAUUCCACAACUUGGGU